AGAGCUAACGAGGAGCUUGGCACGCCACCGCAGACCCAGACGCAGACCCCCCUGGGAAAAGUACAGAUCAUUGCAGUGGAAGCCGCCAGAAGAACCCGAACCCUUUCUCCCUCCAUCAAAACGCACCGAGGAAGUCUGUCUGGGAUGAAAUCAGUGUAAAUUGAUUCAUCAUGGCGCUGGUGCAAAACGAUCAGAUCAAGGGCGCAGAGCUCCUGAACGCUCUGCCCACCUUCCGGCAUUUGUACGUCUGGCCUUUUGCCAUUAUUUGGCCCAUUUUUGCACGAUACUAUACCGACUCGGAUCUCUAUGAAAAGUACAUCGGCGCAUCCGAGUGGACAACCGUCUGGUGCGGCGCAAUCAUCACCGCCCAAGCUCUUGUUUGGCUCAGCACCCAUUGGAGUGUUGAUCUGAAGGCUUCCUUCACCGCGAAGAAGGCCAGCACUAUCGAGGCCGCCGAGCUCAUCAAGGUCAUCCCCGUCGCCAACGCAGGUUCCCCCGAGAUCUGCAAGCUCGAGCGCGAGACUGUCGCUGGCAAAUCCAAUCUCUCCUUCCUCUUCCAAAAGCGCCGGUUCCUUUACCAUGCCGACGAGAAGACCUUCAGCCCGCUGGCCUAUGCCAUCGACGCCGAACCAAAGCCGCUGCUGGACCAGUUCCAGAAGUCCAAGGGCAUCACGAGCCAGGCCGAACUCACCCGCCUAGAGCAAUACUAUGGCACAAACACGUUCGACAUUCCUGUGCCUACCUUCACCGAGCUCUUCAAGGAGCAUGCCGUGGCGCCAUUCUUCGUCUUCCAGAUCUUCUGUGUCGGCCUGUGGAUGCUUGAUGAAUACUGGUACUACUCGCUCUUCACCUUAUUCAUGCUAGUCAUGUUCGAGUCUACCGUUGUCUGGCAGCGUCAGCGCACACUGAACGAGUUCCGAGGCAUGAGCAUCAAGCCCUACAACGUGUGGGUAUACCGGCUUGGCAAGUGGACCGAGGUUCAGAGCGACAACCUUUUGCCUGGCGAUCUGGUCUCCAUCAACCGCACAAAAGAGGAUAGCGGUGUCGCCUGCGAUAUGUUGCUAGUUGAGGGCACUGUCAUCGUCAACGAGGCUAUGCUUUCUGGAGAGAGCACGCCAUUGCUGAAGGACUCUAUUCAAUUGCGCCCCACUGACACUCCCAUUGAUCCUGAGGGACUUGACAAGAACGCCUUCCUUUGGGGCGGCACUAAAGUCCUUCAGGUGACACACGGCAACCCCGAUGAGGAGAAACCAAAGCUUGCCUCUGGAGUGCCUCUCCCGCCGGAUAACGGGGCUAUGGCCAUCGUCAUGAAGACGGGCUUCGAGACAUCUCAGGGCAGCCUGGUCCGAACCAUGAUAUAUUCUACAGAGCGUGUUUCCGCCAAUAACGCCGAGGCACUGUUCUUCAUUCUAUUCCUGCUCAUCUUCGCCAUCGCCGCUUCAUGGUAUGUAUGGGACGAAGGUGUCAAGAAGGACCGAAAACGAUCCAAGCUCCUCCUCGACUGUGUCUUGAUCGUCACAAGUGUUGUUCCCCCAGAGCUGCCCAUGGAACUGAGUUUGGCUGUUAACACGAGUCUUGCCGCUUUGGCCAAAUUGGCCAUCUUCUGUACUGAGCCAUUCCGCAUCCCCUUCGCUGGACGUGUCGACAUUGCUUGUUUUGACAAGACGGGUACACUGACCGGCGAGGACCUGGUUGUUGAUGGCAUCGCUGGGCUUGGUCUUGGCCAUUCCGGCACUGACACUCCAGUCGAGUCUGAUGGAGCUCACAGCCAAGUGACCCCGGUCAAGGAGACUGGUAUCGAAACCACGCUUGUACUCGCUACUGCGCAUGCUCUCGUUAAGCUUGAUGAGGGUGAUAUCGUGGGCGACCCUAUGGAAAAAGCUACACUGACGUCUCUGGGUUGGGUUCUCGGAAGGAAUGAUAUCUUGACUGCCAGAACAGCUGGCACUAUUGCCGGGUCUGUACAAGUGAAGCGCCGAUUCCAGUUCUCGUCUGCCCUUAAGCGCCAAAGCUCCGUGGCCACGGUUAACGCUAUGGAUUCCAAGACUGGCACCAAGUUGAAGGGCACCUUCGUCGGUGUCAAGGGCGCGCCUGAGACUAUCAUGAAGAUGCUGACCACCGUCCCCAAGGACUACGAAGAGACGUUCAAGUACUUCACUCGUCGCGGCUCUCGUGUUCUUGCUCUUGCCUACAAACAACUGACCACUGACAACGAACUUGGAUCCGGAAAAAUCAACGACUUGAAGCGUGAGAAGGUUGAGGCUGAUCUUACCUUUGCUGGGUUCUUGGUGCUUCAAUGUCCCCUGAAAGAAGAUGCUAAGCAGGCCGUCCAAAUGCUCAACGAGAGUAGUCACCGCGUUGUGAUGAUCACUGGAGACAACCCUCUUACUGCUGUCCAUGUCGCUCGCGAAGUCGAGAUUGUCGAUAGAGAAGUUUUGAUUCUCGAUGCUCCAGAAGACAACGAGGGAGGCGAGAAACUUGUCUGGAAGAGCGUCGACGACAAGAUCACCGUUGACGUGGAUGCUUCUGCCCCUAUUGACCCUGAGAUAUUGAAGACAAAAGACAUCUGUGUCACUGGUUAUGCUUUGACGAAGCUCGGUGAAAAAGGAAACGAUGGGGCUUUCCGGUCUCUGCUGCGAUACGCCUGGGUUUAUGCUCGUGUUUCGCCGAAGCAAAAAGAGGACAUUCUUAUUGGCAUGAAAGACCUAGGCUAUUACACCUUGAUGGCUGGCGAUGGUACCAAUGACGUCGGAGCGUUGAAACAAGCUCACAUUGGUAUUGCUCUUCUAAACGGUACACAAGAAGAUCUCACUCGAAUUGCGGAGCACAGCCGAAACACCAAGAUGAAGGAGAUGUAUCAAAAACAAGUCGACCUCAUGAAACGCUUCAACCAACCUGCGCCGCCAGUUCCUCCCAUGAUCGCUCAUCUUUACCCUGCAGGCCCUUCGAAUCCCCACUUGCGAAAAGCGGUCGAGCGCGAGGCACAGAAGAAGAACAUCACACCCGAGGAGUAUGCUAAGCAGUACGGUAUUGAUCUUACGCAGACGAUCACGUCCCCUGCUGCCCAGCAGCUGAUAAACGCCGAUCCUCGUCAAGCCAAACAACAAGCAGCUCAACAGAAGGCUGUCGGGCUGGCCGACAAGCUGACUUCCGGGAUGAUGGAUAUGGAAAUGGAUGAUGAACCGCCGACUUUGAAGCUCGGUGAUGCCUCAGUUGCCGCUCCUUUCACGAGCAAACUCAGAAAUGUCGUCGCCAUUCCGAAUAUCAUUCGUCAGGGUCGUUGCACACUUGUCGCUACCAUCCAGAUGUACAAGAUCCUUGCCCUUAACUGUCUGAUCAGCGCCUACAGUCUAUCUGUCCUCUAUCUAGAAGGCAUCAAGUUCGGUGAUGGCCAGUACACCAUUAGCGGUAUGCUGAUGUCCGUCUGUUUCCUGUCGAUCUCUCGCGCCCGAACUGUUGAAGGCCUGUCCAAGGAGCGCCCGCAGCCUAAUAUCUUCAACUUCUACAUAAUUGGUUCUAUCCUUGGUCAAUUCGCUAUCCACAUCGUCACGCUCAUUUACAUCGCCCGAUUCUGCGAAAAGCUUGAUCCCCGUGGUGAUCUGGAUGUGGAUCUAGAAGCUGAAUUCAGCCCGUCUCUUCUCAAUACCGCCGUGUACUUGUUGCAAUUGAUUCAACAGAUCUCUACCUUUGCUGUCAACUACCAGGGUCGCCCUUUCCGUGAGUCUAUUACGGAGAACAGGGGCAUGUUCUGGGGAAUCAUUGGUGUCACCGCUAUCGCCUUUUCCUGUUCAACCAAGUUCAUUCCCGAGUUGAACGAGAAGAUGAUGCUUGUUGAUUUCUCGAACGAGUUCAGCACCACCUUGACAACCGUCAUGAUCCUCGACUUCGCUGGAUGUUACCUUAUUGAGGUUGCCCUCAAGCGACUCUUUAGCGACUUCCGUCCCCGAGACAUCGCAAUCCGAAGAAAAGACCAGGAUGCACGCGAGCAAGAGCGCAAGUCUAUUGAAUCUGCUGAGAAGUCCCUCAAGGAUGAGAAAGAGCGUUUGGCUAAAGUAGAGGAAUUCGAAAGGAAGGUAGAGGAAAGAAGGAAGAAGGUUCAGGAGUGGGCGCAGGGACGACAGCAACAAGCUGUUCCGGCUGCUGCUCGAUAAGGGUUUCGCCAUGAUGGGCAUUGCCAAUAGACUAGAAGGGGAAAUAGACGGAGCUCUCAUCGUGACUCCCGUGUAUAGAUAUAUGUAAUUGGCUAUAGUAUGAAAACAACUGUAGAUAGAUAACUCACAUUGCCCCUCAAACCGAGUACUUCCAAUGCGCGCCGCCUAGGACAAAGAUUGGUUAUGGCUUGUGACACUUUCAAACUUACAUAGUACAAUUGACAAAUUGCAUUCUCGUAUCUACUUCGCUUUCAGACGUUCGAUAUCAUGUUCUUAGCUUGUCGGUUCAACUUCGGAAACCAC